UGAACACUGAGUAAAAUCUCGAACCGUAUCGACUUGUGUCGAGUUGUGCGUAUCGUGCGCUACAGUGCGCUACGUUUACGUUGUUCCUCGCUUUUGCUUUGAUCUUACAGAAAAUAUGUCGAAAUACAAGAUUGUUAUGGUUCGCCACGGCGAGAGCGAGUGGAAUAAGUUGAACCUUUUCUGCGGAUGGUACGAUGCCGGUCUGUCGGACAAGGGCAAGAACGAGGCUGUGUCUGCUGGAAAAGCGCUCAAGGAUGCAAACUACACGUUCGACGUGGCUCACACGUCAGUGCUCACGAGAGCUCAAGAGACACUCAAAGCGAUCUUGAAGGAGAUCAACCAAGAGAAUAUACCAGUUCAUAAGACAUGGCGUUUGAACGAACGACACUACGGCGGUCUUACAGGCAUGAAUAAAGCGGAAACUGCUGCCAAGUAUGGCGAGGAGCAGGUACAGAUUUGGCGGAGGUCGUUUGAUGUACCACCACCACCGAUGGAAUCUGAUCACAAAUACUAUGAAAUAGUAGUGAAGGAUCCGCGUUAUGCCGAUGGACCAAAGCCCGAGGAAUUCCCUAAAUUUGAGUCCCUCAAGUUGACCAUUGAAAGGACGUUACCAUACUGGAAUGAGACGAUCAUCCCACAAUUGAAAGAGGGCAAGAGGAUCAUUAUUGCUGCCCAUGGAAACAGCUUACGUGGCAUAGUGAAACACUUGGAUCAAAUGAGCAAUGAACAAAUAAUGGGGUUAAACCUACCAACCGGUAUCCCAUUUGUAUACGAAUUGGAUGAGAACUUCAAGCCUGUUGUUUCUAUGAAGUUCUUGGGUGAUGAAGAGACCGUUAAAGCUGCGAUGGCUGCAGUUGCCGCACAAGGAAAGGCCAAAUAAAUAAAAAUAAUAAUAAUGAAAAGCAUCAAAUGUGUCGAUCUGUAAGAAGCAAAUCUAUUGUAUAUUUGUUUAAAAUAUUUAUGAGUCUCUAGUUUCGUUGUUGCGUUAGAGAAUGUAGCUCGAGAAAGAAAAGACCAUGUACCUGUUCUUGCUUAAACGAGCAUUUCUCUUGUGUAAAAUAAAAAAUAUGUAUAAAUAUAUAACAUAGAAUAUCUGAAAAUA